AUGGAAUACAAUACCACCGGCUUCUCCUCGCUGGCCACGUAUGCUAGAGACAUUCAUUGGAAGAGAAGGUCAGCUCGGCAGUUCUUCUCGGCGGUGACGCUGACGUUGGCGACUGUCUAUGCUCUCAUCGCUCCGACCUGGAUCAGUGCUAUGACUGGUUAUCAGGCGACUGCCAUCCCACUGAUCAUGCUGCAGAACGGCAUCUAUGUGAGCUUCAGUGAUAUCGCAAACUGUGACUGGGUGGUGCAAGAUGGUGAUCGCGUUGGUCUCGAUCAGAAUACUUGUGUCCAGCACGGCACGAAUCUGGCCACUAGUCUGCAGAACUACCUGCAGAACUACGUAGAUUACAACUACGAGCAAUGGACUGCAAAUGCUGAAGCCGCCAACAUCAGCAGCACCUUCACGAGUCCCAAUGGGCAAGAGCACAAUCUUGCAGCACCUCUCCUAAACAUUACCCGCAACAGUUUCGAAAACAGCGACAACGCCGUCUUCUACCAAGGCCGAUCACUGACCAAUUCAUUCCUGAUGGAACACGGCAUGUGUGCACCCCAAGAAACAUACCGCUGGGGCUUCUCACUAAUCCUACUCUUCCUCUUCCUAACAACCACAUUCUUCACCUCGCUUUUGCUAUACGGAAUCUGGCUGCAUAGCUACUGGCGCAAGACGGAAGUCGAUAACGAUUGUGUUGUUGGUUCGUUACGUGCAGCUGUCACUGUGGCUUCUUCGAUACGAGGUGAGUUGGGAUCGCAGACUGAGGGGAUGAGUAAUAGGGAGUUGAGGAAGGCUACGAGUGCGCGUCAGGCUGGUGUCAGGUUGAGGAGUAAGGGCGAUAUCAAGCUGUUGAGGCUGAAUUCAGAGGCUGUAGUGCCGACGACGUGUGGUAGCCGGCCGACGUCUUCGAGGAAUAGUAGCUCGCACGGCCGGAGUGUGAGCGAAAAGACGGUGCCCUGA